GUCCGCAGCGCCGUCUGCCUGCUGCAGCACCGCCAACGCCUCAGGAUUGCCCUCGAACGAUUGCCCUCGAACCCCCUGUCGUUAGACGAGACCGCCUUUAGCAGUACGCGUAGAGAUGUUGGCUGUCCUUCUCGUACUGUUCAGGGUUGAGCUCCUUCAUGGCUUCCCGCUUCCUCGCGUUGAGCAGGUAGUCAACCUUGGCGAGCUCCAUGCACUUCUCGGCAUGCCAGUUGAAGGUCAGGUAGGGGUUCUUAUUGUCCCUGUCAUCCGGCUGCUUCAGUGGGAUUAGGUCGAGCUUCUUGCGCUUCAGGACAGGCUGCUUGUCCUUAUCGCGCUUCCGCUUCUUGCCCUUGCUCCGCUUCGACUUGUCGGACGAGACAGACAUGCGCUCGUCGUUAGCCGACGUGACUUGGCCAUGAGCAGCCGCUGCUGCGUCCGCCAUGUGUACAUCACCGAAGUGACCUCCCUCCGCGCCAGAUCCGUCCAUCUCGCCGCUUGGCGGCUCGACUUCGGGACCGGCGGGGUGAUGCCCUCCGGGUGGUGCUUCCUUGCACUGAUCUGGGUUUCCGCCACCACCGCUGGUAUCGCUGUCCAUGUCUCCUUGACCCUCAUCAUCGUGUGGAGGCUCCCCAUGUUGAGAUCUCUCAUCAUCCGCACCGUUCAUGUCUCAGCUGAGUGCUUGUUGGCUAUCUGCAGCUAGUGGGCUCAUAGUCUCUUAA